AUGACCUUCGACAGGCCCGGGCACACCGGGCACACCGGGCAGACCCCCGAAGGUCGGCCACAACAGCACCGUCAACAGCCAAAGCAACAACGGCCAACUCUGAACCUAGCCAAAGAGCGCGAAUUCUACAGAUAUCUGCCGCGCGACCACGCAGCGUACCAGUUCGCUCCCUCGGACGAGGCCGCCCAGCGGAACUUUGUCGCUAUUCCUUCGACUGACCAUGUCUUGACAUCCCUUGCGCAGCUGGGUGCGGUGAAACUCCGUGCUGAGCGGGCGAUUGUUUCUCUUUUUGGGCCGACGCAUCAGUAUAUUCUCGCCGAGGCGACGGCGUCGGGAGUAGCGGGCCCUGGAAAGGAUGAUUUGCGGUUGGGCUGCUGCAUUGUGCCUAGGGAGAAUGGGAUCUGUAAGGCGAUUGCGAACCUGCCGCUGGCGAAUCCCUCCGAGACUGAGAAUCCGGAUAUUGUUGCGGGUGGAAGUGCGCUGGUUAUGACUAGCCUGGAGAACGGAGGGAACGGAGGUGUGAAUAAGCUUCUCAAGGCAGGCUUCUGUGCUGGUGUGCCCAUUAUUGGGCCCAGAGGCAAUACAAUUGGGUCCUAUUGUAUCUUUGACACCCCACCGCGCGAGGCAGCCGAUGAAGCAGAAAUAACCUUCCUGAAACACAUGGCGGCCACAAUCAUGGAGUACCUUGACACGCGGCAAUUGCGGUACCAGAAUUCGCAGGCCAGGAAGAUGAUAUCUGGCCUGGGCAGCUUUGUGGAGGGCAGGACGACGCUCCGUGAUUCAUGGCUCGAGACCAACGAACAGGACGCUGUAACUGCGAAAUCGGGAAGGGCUGUUGAGGGGCAGUUGAAUAAACAGCAGCAGGAUUUGCAGGAGAACCCGUUCCAGAUGCCGCUGAGACCGCGUCCUCCUGAUCUGUAUGCAAGCCGUUCUUUCAGUACCGAGAACCCGCCUACAGACUCAGACUCGGAUACCAAGUCUCCUGAUGGCCGAGAAACACUUGAUAAGCAACUAGAUACAGGGCGUGAGGACAAGCAGAAGGCCCGAAAUGUCCUCUCACACGAUGAAGUACAAGAGGACAACCCGCGGGUCGCCUUCGAAAAGGUAUUCGGCAGGGCUGCAAACCUGAUCCGCGAGUCGAUCGAAGUUGAAGGCGUUGUCUUUGUCGAUGCUAGGAUUGAAUCUUUUGGCGGACUCGUUGGAUACGAGUAUCGAGGAGGGCGUGCCCCCCGUCCAGGAGGCGAGACAGCAAGCAGCGAAGACGGCACCGACUCAGCAAGCACAGGAAGUAUAUCUAGCGCCUCUGGAUUCCCUGCCGCCAAUCCGCAAGAGGGCACCACGACUUGCCGGAUCCUGGGCUACUCAACCUCGCAAUCUUCCUCGAUCAAUGACGACGCGAAGUCCGGCGUGAAGCCAGGCGAUGGAUAUGCAGUCCGCGAGUCAGUCUUGAAAGCCAUGCUGAAUCGGUAUCCCUACGGAAAAAUCUUCAACAACAACAAGUACGGCUCGUUAUCUGACGACAGCGGCAGUGCGGCUACUUCUGCCUCUAGCAGCUCGACAAACUCAUCAAAGUACAAGAAGAGACGCAGACAGAACCAAAGACAAGACGCCAGCGAACUGAACAAGGUCCUCGGCGGCACUUGCAGCAUCAUCUUCCUACCGCUGUGGGAUUCGCAUAAGUCCAGGUGGCUCGCUGGGUUACUCGCCUGGACAAACACCCCAGAGCGUGUCUUCUCUACGGAGAACGAGCUCGCCUACGUCCACGCGUUCGGCAAUAGUAUCAUGGCUGAAGUACACCGGUUGGACGUUGAAAUGGCAGAACGAGCAAAGAAGAACCUAGCGACGAGCAUCUCACACGAACUGAGGAGCCCGCUGCAUGGAAUUCUAGGGACGUCUGAUAUUUUAAGCGACACGGCGUUGAAUGCCUUGCAGCAAGGGAUGGUACAUACAAUUGAGUCUUGUGGGCGCACCCUCCUUGAUACAAUGAACCAUCUGCUGGACUUUACAUACAUCGACAAGUUCUCCAAAGAGCAUAAGCCGAAACAUAGAAAGGCUUCUCACGACAACCAGGCUAGCGUGUCUGACCGUAACAUGCUCGGCAGCAGCGAGAGCGUGUACGAGGAUAUCCGGCUCGAUGCGAUUCUCGAAGAGGUCGUUGAUAGUGUCUUUGCUGGCCAUAGCUUCUACCAGCAGCGUCGCCUACCGGCCCGGCAAUUGAGCAAUGGAGAUGAUUCGAUAAUUGUGCUUCCCUCGCAGCAACCGACGAUUAUCUUCGAUGUCCAGGAAGCUGCUGAAUGGACCUUCUCCACACAGGCUGGCUGCUGGCGCCGCAUCUUGAUGAAUGUCUUCAGCAACGCUCUGAAAUACACCCCUGAAGGGUACAUCUAUAUAGCUCUAAAGGUCGAACCGCCUCGCCGGGCAAGCCACGACUCUGGCGGGUCUACAGGCCAGAGGUCCCAAUAUAAUGUCACCUUGACUGUAAAAGAUACCGGCCAAGGCAUCGGGCGAGAGUACCUUCGCAGCGACCUUUUUACCCCGUUUUCGCAAGAAGACACCCUCGCCCCAGGCAGUGGACUCGGAUUAAGCAUCGUCCGCAAAGCCCUCGCCUUCCUCGACGGCUCGAUCGAGGUCACUUCAGAGAAAGACAAAGGCACCGAGGUGACCAUCCAAGCCCCUUUGACUCUUGCCGCUGUGCCUGAAGGAUCCGAUGGAUCAUCACAUACAGCAAGCAGUCUAGCCCGAACCCAAGCACAAGGAAAAACCAUAGGCCUUAUCGGAUUCGGCCAGGAACGAGCCUCAGAUCGAGACGCCAUCCUCUGCGACUCCCUCACGCGCCUCUGCCAGGACUGGUUUCAUCUCACGGUGAAGAUGGUAUCGCCCGAGAUCGAGACUACGCCCUGCGACUUUUACCUCAUGGUUCAUACGGACCAGGACCAGGAUGCCUUGGAUAUCCAACGGAACCAGAACUUGCUUAGCCUCGACCACCCGAAUAAAGUAUCCCCCCUAAUUGUAAUCUGCCAAUCCCCCGAAGCGGCACACCACAUGUUCGUGCGGACAACGGGCACAAAUCGGCGUCGAGACUCGAUUGUCGACUUUAUAAGCCAGCCGUGCGGCCCGCGGAAGCUCUCCAAAGCGCUUCAUCUGUGUAUGCAGCGUAUGGAGGGGUUAGAGACGGGCACGUUCAAGCCUGAGCAGAUGCGGUGGGUUGAGAUGCCGGAAUCUUUGCAUUUGCAUCUGGAUAUUGGACCGAGAGAUGCCCCGGGGGAUCGGAUGAAGAUUAGCAAGAGGCCUUCUGUGGAGAGUGCGGGGAGUCAGGAUAGUUAUACCGAUAGGGGCUUGAUUCGGAGGGAUACUGCUUUUUCUAAGUCUGGGAUUCCCAUAUCGGAGACGGCCUCUGUACUAGAAGAUUUUGACGGUGUAGACGGGGAUGAAAGGACUGCAAUUGAGCGUCCGUCGGUGUUGCUCGUCGAGGACAAUCCGGUGAAUCUUCAGAUUCUCAUUGCAUACGUCGGCAAAGAAGGAUGGGCCACCGAGACAGCAACAAACGGGCUAGAAGCGGUGCAGAAGUACGAGGCGAAUCCUGGAAAGUUCAUAAUGAUUCUGAUAGACAUCUCCAUGCCGGUCAUGAAUGGCUUCGAAGCCAGUCGGAGAAUCAGGGAGUUUGAACGCCAGCACUACGAGACAUAUCCCUCCGCACGGCCUUCCUGGCAUCCGACUAUCAUUACAGCCUUGACGGGCCUCGACAGUGCGGAUGCCCAGCAGGAGGCCUUUGCGUCGGGGAUCGAUAUCUUCCUGACGAAGCCUAUUAGUCGGAAGCUAAUACGGUCGUUGCUGGACAGGUGUAGUGUUACUUGA